AUGGAGCCCGAUGAAAAUUCACCCCUCUUGCCCGCCCGAGACCAGCACGACGAUGACAGCGAGGACACGGCAGUGUCCUGGGACGGCGCCGAUGAUCCGCAGAACCCGGCCAACUGGGGAAGCGUCAAAAUAUGGGCUCACAUUUUAGUCGUCUCCCUGUUGACAUUCUUGAUAACCGGCGGGCUAACCAGGGGGUCCAGUCCGCUCGGCGCCACCAUGAUGGCCCCUGCCAUCGACCAGGUGAUGCAUGACUUCGGCUCGGCGAGCCCGGUGCUCUCGUCGCUGGUGGUCUCCAUCUACGUGCUCGGCUGGGGGGUGGGCCCGGUGCUGCUCGGGCCCUUGUCCGAGGUCUACGGCCGGCUGCCCGUGUACACGUGCUCCAACAUAGGGUACGUCUUGGCAACCGCCGGCUGCGGCCUGUCGACCGCCAUUGGCCCCUUUCUUGUACUCCGCUUUCUGGCCGGCGCGCUCGGCUCGACGCCCAUGACCAUCGGCGGCGGCACUAUCUCGGACGUGGUGCCCGUCCACAGCCGCGGCGUGGCGCUGUCGCUGUACAUGUUUGGACCCGUGCUGGGGCCGUGUGUCGGACCACUGGCAGGCGGCUACCUGACGGAUGCGCUGGGUUGGCGGUCUGUUCUCUGGAUUCUUGGCGGCGUGUACGCAUGCAUGACGGUUGUCCAGGUACUUGUCAUGCGAGAGACCUACCCCGCCGCGAUCCUGGCGCAGAAGCGGAAACUGGCACAGCGCAAGACGGGUAGUGCUAGCACCCUUAGCAGUCGUGGCCUGACUCCGCAGUCCAAGGUCAACAAGAGCAGCAGCAGCUGGUCGGCCUCCCAUGCGAUCCUGGGUGCCGUAUUGCGACCGGCGAAGUUGACGGUACAGUCGCCUGUCAGCACGCUGUCUUCACUCAUAUCGGCCUACGUCAACGGUCUCGUCUUCCUCAUUCUCACGACGGCGCCUUUCGUCUUGCAGACCGAGUAUGGGUUUACGCCGCACGAUGUCGGCGUUGCCUUUUUCGGUUACGGUCUCGGAAACAUUGCCGGCCUCGUCAGCUUCACGCUGACCUCGGACCGCAUGACGGCGGGCCCGGAGUCCAGGCCAGAGCGCCGCCUCAUCCCGGCCAUCGUGGCGGCGCCCCUGAUGGCGCUGGGCAUGGUCUGGUUUGGGUGGGCGUCCGAGGCGCACGCGCACUGGGCUGUGCCCGUGGCCGGGUCCGCCGUUGUCGGUGCAGGAAACGUGCUCUUCUUCUCGGCCUGCGUGGGAUACUUGAUCGACGCCUUCACCGUCCACGCCGCUAGCGCUAUUGCUGCUAACAUGGUGAUCCGAAGCAUCGGCGGCGCACUGCUGCCGCUGGCUGGGCGCAGUCUCUACGAAGCACUGCGCUGGACUCGCGCGAGCUGCCUGCUCGCGUUUCCGUUGCUGCUGGCCACCGUGGUGCUCUUGUACAUGUACACGCAUGGCCAUAAGAUGCGGCAGCGGUACCCUGUGCGGUUGUGA